GAGAGGAGCAGGUGGACCUGGGUCAUGUGAUGUUGUUAGCCGAGCAGCUGCGACUGAUCUGAAUGCUAGGGCACCACGCUCUCUCCAGAGGAAGAUUUUGUCCAACUGAAUCCAUUGAACAGAAGGCCUGACGAUGUCUUACGGCUCCAUCGACGGGGGAGCAUUUGGAGGCAGGAUCCCCUUCGGAGGCCCAGCGAGCCAGGGCUACCAGCCUGUGGCCACACAGGUGAGUGCCUCAGAGCUGCAGGAUGUGUUUCAAGAGACCUCCUCCAACAUCUUCCAGAUCAAUGCUAAUGUGGUAGCGCUAGAGAAGAGCCUGCAGUCACUGGGCACAUCCAGAGACACUGCUGAACUGCGACAGAGCCUACAUUCCAUGCAGCAGCAAACUAACAAAGUCAUCACAAGCACAAGUCAACUCAUCAAACAGCUGUCUGAUAUCAUCAGCAGCUCCUCACGGCAAGACCGGCUGCGGCUGACCAGGCUGAAGACAGAACUGUCCGAGUCAGUGCAACGCUAUGGGGACCUGCAGAAGAAAAUUGCAGACCGUUCGAGGGCACUACUCCCCCCGGCACAGAAAGACAGGAAGUUGAGUCCACAGACGCCGUUUGCCGAGCUGAGCGAGGAGGGGGCGUUGUUCGGCAUGGCUGGAGGCGUGGAGGAGGAAGGGGCGCAGGCCUUCCUGUCGGAGAUCAGCGAGGAGGAUGUGGAGGCCCUCAGGCAGAGAGAGGAGGCUCUGCUGCAGAUAGAGAAAGACAUCCUAGAUGUGAGCACCAUCAUGAAGGAGCUGGCCAGCAUGGUGCACGAGCAAGGAGACGCCAUAGACAGCAUUGAGGACUACAUCCAGACGACAUCAUCGCAUGUGGACCUGGCCAAUCAGGAGCUGGCCAAGGCCAGUCAUCACCAGAGGCAGCUGAGGAAGAGAAAGUGCUACUUGCUGCUGGCCGGAGCUCUGCUGGUAACCCUCCUCAUCAUCAUCAUCGCAAUCUCAGCACGAAAAUGAGAGCCAGCAAGCAAGGCUCCUGUUCUCACACCACUGAGACAAGAUGGCUACCUGCCCUCUAUCCCCACCGGUAACCAGCGGCUUCUUCUAGGAACAGGAGAACCGCUUCUGAUCUCUCAGUCUUUCUGAAUGUGUGUAUCUUCGCCAACCUGCGUUCAUCUUUUAAGAAAAAUACCUCUGGACUGUUCGAUUCCUCUCUUUGUGACCUGUUGUUCUUUGACUGUCUGCUACCCAUAACAUGCUAUCAGACGUGUAGCCAAUUAACGUUUUUAAUUUCACCCCUGAAAUGUUUGUUUUCAAGCUUCAUUUCAUUGAACAGGAAACGUGUGCCAUCACAUCACUGUGCAAAUGUGGACUCUAGUUAAGGGGAUCUCACUUUCUCUGAUCUCAACUCACACAUGCUGACUGACUCGGCCGAGUGCUGAAGUAGCCAUUGUUUCUGUGUCCUCCUUAACCCCAUUCAAGGUCAGGAAAAAAUUUAAGUCUGCUAACGUAGAUAGCAGAGACCGCCUCAUAUGUUUCAACCAAAAUCUAUUUCUGUUCAAGAAGACAAGCAACUCCAAGCUGAAAUUCUCUCCUACUUUAUUGUAAUUCAAGUGUGUGCAGUGUGACAUGAUCAUAACUUUAGCCACUGACAGUCUCUGGCAGCCUCACCAGCUCAGUGGAUAUACCCCUUUGUCUCAGAAGCACAGUGGAGAUACCCCUUUGUCUCAGAGACGCAGUGGAGAUGCCCCUUUGUCUCACAGACGCAGUGGAGAUACCCCUUUGUUGCCCCUCUGUCACUGUUGCUCGUUAGUCAUCCAGUAGAUCAUUGGGCAUCGCUCUCUGCCACCAAGCUAAAGUCAAUUAUAAUGUGCUCUGGCCACGUGUGAUAGGACCAUAUUGGGGUUGACUUAGGGGUCAAUCUGCUGCAUACGUACUAUUUAUCAAGAUGUAAAAAUAUGCAUAUGUCAAUGCUGUUUAUUUAUUUAUUGUUUGUUUGUAAAUAUGUUUUCAUUUUAACUGGUUAUCGCCGACAUAUUUAUUGACAUUGUGCUCUGCUACCAAAACAAAUAGUUGUACAUGAAAUCCUUUUCCUUUGCAUAAUUUUAAAAGUGAUCUGAUGUUUUGUGUUUUUGUCAUUUGCUAACUGCUUUAUUUCUCGUGUUGUAAGAUUGUGAAUCAGACCUAUCAGCGGACGUCCAAGCCACUAGUAGCACAACAAGAGCUAACUUCUUUCUUUUGGUUUCACCUGUACUGCUGUUCAUGAAUAUGUCUUUAAACAUUCAAACGGUUUGGUUUACCAUGAUGUGAGCAGUUAUUUAUGUUUAAGUAAAGAACAUAUAGUUCCUGCAACAAACCUCUCAGUACAUUUUCACUUGCUUUUCCCUCCUGGCAAUCGCGCACAGAUAUACACACUGACCUGCACACACACACACCCACACACACACUGACAUGCACACACACACAGACAGCCAUCUGGGCUCUUACAGACAGAAAUGGAUGAAAAUUGUAGGUUGGUAAUUUGACUAAUCUUUAGCAGGGACAUUUCAGAAGCUUCUUACCUUCUUUAUUUCCUUCUCUUUAUCAGUCUAUCAUAUUACAUAUUUUGUAUUGUUCUGCCUUUCAAGACAUCACAACAGAGCCUUUUUGGAGUAAGUAUGGUCAGUUUAUUGUUUGCAGUUUAUUUAUCUUGCUGCAGGAAGGAGUGGCUUCAAGUCUUUCUUAUGUCUAAUGACAUCACCACCAUUCUGUUUUUUAUUUUUUCUGGGGAUUACGAUCCUUUAUUGUUGUUUAACAUAGGAUUGGGAGUUAAACAGCUAAGAAAUUCCAGAAAAACUACACUUCAUAGGGGAAGUAAAUUGGUGUUGAAAAAUGUUUUAAGAUUGUAUCUGUGUGAUAAAAAAAACCUGCCUAUA